AUGAAGCUCACCUUACUGCUAUUAGCAGUAGUUGUGGCCUACGUCGUAGCUCAAGAUGGACUAUUCGGCGGUAGCGAUGCUGGCACUGGUCUAGGCGGACAAGGCGGAUGGGGAGGCGGAGCUGAAGCUGGAGCUGGAGCAUCUGGAGGCGGAGCUUCUGGAGGCGGUAGAGGCGGCGGUGGUCGAGGAGGAGGUCGAGGAGGCGGUGGCGGUGCAUCUGGAGGAGCGUCAGGCGGCUGGGGAGGAGAUGGAGGAAACAGUGGAGGAGGAGGCGGAGCCUCCGGUGGAUGGGGCGGAGAUUCUGGAGCGUCCCAAGGUGGAUGGGGUGGACAAGGAGGAAACGGCGGAUCUCAAAACGGUGGUGGCUGGGGAGGAUCAGGAUCCCAAGGCGGUCAAAACGGUGGUAGUGGCGGUCGAGGCGGUGGCGGACAGUCCGGUGGCGGUCAAGGCGGCUGGGGAGGACAACAAGACGGUGGAUCGUCUCAAGGUGGUCAAGGACAAGGCGGAUGGGGUGGACAAGGAGGAAACGGAGGAUCUGGAAAUGGUGGUGGACGUGGAGGAGGAUCUCAAGGAGGAUGGGGAGGACAACAAAGUGGAAAUGGUGGUGGAAAUGGUCAAGGAGGAUGGGGAGGAAACCAAGGUGGACAACAAGGAGGAAACGGUGGAGGACAAGGAGGAUGGGGAGGAUCCGGAUCCCAGGGUGGAGGACGUGGAGGACAAGGAGGACCACAAGGACCUGGAGGUGGUUGGGGAGGACCACAGGGUGGAAGAGGAGGAGGCGGAGGAUGGGGAGGUCGUGGUGGAUGGGGAGGAUGGGGAGGAAGAGGUGACGGAUGGGGACGAGGAAACCGUUGGGGAUGGGGACGCCCAUCAUGGGGUGGAUGGGGAAGAGGAUGGUAG